AAAAUUGCCAAUGCCAAAAUUGCUAUUUCAGUUUCUUGUCAAUAAGUAAAGGUCUCAGGAAAAUCUUUUGAGGGAUUGGGAUUGUAGAAAAUCUAGCUUUUAGUGUCAGCUGUUAGUGAAUAAAUUUAAAGUAUAACAUUUUGUAAUAAUAUUGAUACAGAACGGUUUCUUCAUUUUAAUAAGGAUAAUAUAACCUCCAAGAAUGUCGGUCAUUGUUAUUGAUACAAUCGACAAAUUCAACAGUUUUAUAAGUUCAUCUUCCCUUAGUGUAGUACAUUUUUCUGCAGAAUGGGCUGAACAGUGUAAGCAAGUCACUGAUGUUCUGCAAGAACUGAUAAAAUUACCUGAAGCAAAAAACUUCGGGACCCAAUUUGGUGUAUGUGAUGCUGAAAGUCUUUCAGAAGUAUCAUUAAAGUAUAAGAUAGAUUCAGUUCCGACUGUAAUAUUUUUCAAAAAUAGUCAACAAAUUGAUAGAAUUGAUGGCGUGGAUGUCGCUCAAAUGUCUUCUAAGGUAAAAUCAUACAGUGCCGGGAAAUCUGUUCAGAAUGAAUCCCCCAAGCAAUCCCUAGAAGAACGCCUGAAGAGCCUUAUAAAUAAACACAAUGUUAUGGUAUUUAUGAAAGGUACAAGGGAUGGACCGAGGUGUGGCUUUAGUAAACAGCUUAUCCACAUAUUAAAUGAAACAGGAGUCCAAUAUGAUACAUUUGAUAUUCUAACCGAUGAGGAAGUGCGUCAAGGUCUAAAGGAAUUCUCUCAAUGGCCAACCUACCCUCAAGUGUAUGUAAAAGGAGAAUUGAUUGGAGGUCUUGAUAUAAUCAAGGAGCUUUUAGAGAAUGGAGAGUUAGAAUCUACUCUUAAUGCCUAAUUUAUUAUGUGCUUUAGUGGAUUAUUAUUUAUUGUAAUAAAUUUUUAUAGAUA